AUGUCACAUUAUAAAAAUAGUAAUAGUAUUGGUGGUAGUGUUAAUAAUAGCAAUGUUAUUAAUAAUGAAAAAGUUGAUGUUAUAAGAGGUUUAUUGAUGAAUAAAUCAGAGGAGGUUUUAAGGGGAAAUAAAGAGAUUCAAGCAAUUCAUUUUAAGAGGCUUUUGGAUUUGUCUCUAGAAUUAUUGGUUUCAUCACCUUCAAACCAAGAGUAUAGAGAUUUAAGAGCAUUGUCUUUAUUUAGCUUUGUAAACACAUGUUUACCUCCAAAUGAUAUAGCAAUCAAACAAUUAGAAUUGGCAAAUCAAUUAGCACCAAAUAUAGAUUUUAUUAAAAAUAGAUUAGAAACAUUAAAAAAUGACAAUUCAAAAAGUAACUCUGUUUCAUCCAAUGGGAAUUUAGAUAAAAUUAAAAUUUCGAAUAAAUUCUUUCAGUUAUCAAAAGAAUAUCAAAAGAGUGGUGAUUUACAAUUGGGAUUUCAAUAUUUAAAGACGGCAUAUGAAAAUAAUCAAGAUAAUAGCGAAUUAAAUUUAAAUUUAUCAAAUCUAUAUGAAAAACAGGGAAAGUUUCAAAUGUCAAUAGAUUUAUUAAACAGGAUUUUAAAAAAAGAGCCAUUUCAUUGGGAGGCCCAUUAUAAUUUGGCUGCUUUGGAGCAUAAAAAUUCACUCACUGAAAAAGCAAUAAAGAGAUUAAAACUAAUUAUUAACUCCAACUCUGCAUCAGAAAAUCAAAAGCACAAGUCCCAUUUGCUAUUGUUGUUCUAUAUGAAUUUUGUUGAAAGAUAUAACUGUGAUCAGGAUAAAGGAAAAUCGAUUUACGAGGAGCACCUCAAAUAUUAUAAUGAUAAAUUACUAAAAAGACAUCACAACACAAUUAAAGCACUUCAGUUUUCAAAAGAAGAGAUAGCCAAAUACUCAAAACAGUCUCCUAUUAAAAUAGCCUAUCUAUCAAAUCAUUUCCACCAGCAUCCAAUUGCCUAUUUUAUAAUGGGUUUAUUGGAGAGCCAUAACAGGCAGCUAUUUGAUAUUCAUAUUAUUCAAAUUGACAAUGGGGGCCAAGACGAUAAUUUCACAAAGAGGAUAAGGGGCUUCAUCAAGAAUGAAAAGAACUGGAUUAAAAUACCAGAGUCUUUAAUAUCAGAGUAUCCACAUCUAUUGUCACAGUCUAUAAGGGAAAAAGAAAUUAGUAUCGCAGUUUCAUUGGAUAUGCACACUGAAAAGCAUGCAGAGCUACUUGUAAAUAGAAUCGCACCCAUUCAAAUCAAUUAUUUAGGCUAUCCAAAUUCUAGCGGUAUAGAUCCUUCCAUCUUACAAUAUAGGAUCACAGACGAACAUGCUGACCCAAUUACAACGGAGCAGCCAUUCACCGAGACUUUAAUUAGGCUACCAAAAACAUUUUUAAAUUUUGAUCCAUCUCAUCUUCCACCAGUCCAUCAAAAUAUCAAAUGCCCAUUCGAAACAAACGGGUUUAUCACAUUUGGUUGUUAUAAUACACUAUCAAAAAUCCAACCCUGUACACUAACUCUAUGGAAAAGAAUUCAAGAUAAACUUCCAACUUGUAAAAUAUUAAUUAAAUCACCAUUAUUUAUUUUAGAAUCAUCAUGCAAUGACUAUUUGGGCACAUUAAAAGAUGAAUAUCAUUUCGAUAUCAGUAGGGUAAUACUUAAACCCUAUUCAUUCGAUACCAAUUCUCAUUAUUUAUCAUAUUCAGAUAUGGAUAUUUCAUUAGACACAUUUCCAUAUAAUGGAACAACUACAUCUUUCGAUUCUUUAUACAUGGGUGUUCCAUUUAUAACACUAUCAGGACCAACUCACGUUCACAGUGUAGGCAAAUCAAUACUAAAUAACAUUCCGUCACUAUCAGACCUUAUUGCCGCCACAAAUGACCAAUAUGCCGAUAUUGCUGUUUCACUAGCUAGUUCACCUGAUAGAUUAAAAUAUCUACGUAACAAUUUAAGAUCUUUGCUUUCAAAUUCUCCUCUUUCAAACUCGAAGCAAUUUACUUUAAAUUUCGAAAAGGUCUAUAAAGAAAUUCAUUCAAAAUUAAAUAAUAAAUAA